GGACGUCCCCUUGCUCCAAGUCUCCUCCAAAUAGCAGCUAUACUAGUAUCAAAAAUUGAAUAUCCCUAUAGAUGACGUUGUUCUAAUGGGUUUAAAGUAUAUAAAGAAAUCCCGUAGGGAGAAAAGAUCAUCAAACCCAGAAAAAAAACCUAGAGUGUCAUCAAUGAAACCCAACGCCAGCAACAAUCGUGAAAAGAGUUGCAAGUAUCGUGGUGUGAGGAUGCGAAGUUGGGGCAAAUGGGUGUCUGAAAUACGUGAACCCAAGAAGAAUUCAAGGAUUUGGCUGGGCACAUUUCCCACGGCGGAAAUGGCAGCUCGAGCACACGAUGCAGCCUCCAUAGCUGUCAAAGGUGAAUCAGCUUACCUUAAUUUUCCCGAGUUAGCUCAUCAACUUCCUCGUCCUGCUACUUGUAGCCAUACGGAUAUUCAAAAGGCUGCUAAUGAAGCAGCCUAUGGGAAUGGCAAUGGCAUGGUUGGUGAAGAAGAAGAAGAAGAAGAAGAAGAAGAAGAAGAAAGGUUUGAACGGGAAGCAACAAGUUCGACUACAAUGUCAUCGGAGGAUAGUGAUCUGAGUAUGUGGUUUGACCUUCCUGAUCUCUCACUUGAACCAGAUGGAACCCAUCAUCGAUUUGGUUUCAAUUCAUGGUGGCAACAUGAACAAGCUGGAAUUCACACUGAUUUCCAGUUUGAGGAAACGAUGAUGGAAUGAAUACAGGUAAAAUUAUUAUAGAGGCCCUUGUAUUAGGAGCAGAUUGCAUUUUGUCUCUUUUAUUCAAAAAAUAGAAAAAUUAAUCUUUGUAUGUUAGAUGAAAGAGUAAACUGAUCCUUUAUAUUUAAAAUUUCAUUCAUUUUCACUAUUGAAAACUGGAGUAACUGAUUAAAUGUACAAAAUACCAGUUUUUAACUGUGGAUUUGGAUGAAUUUUUUUAACAAAAUCACCAGUUUACUCUUUGAUCUAAUGUAUAAAGAUUAAUUUCUCUAAAUUUUUAAUAAAGAGAAUAAAAUAUAAUAUAACUCUUAGUAUAAAAACUUCUAUAAUAAAUACCUCAUCAUCAUAGCUAAUGGCUUUUGUUUAAAGAAUUUGGGGCGCUGUGGAGGUUCUUCUAUUCACCAACUUUACAUGUAUAAAGACUAUUUAGUUCAUUGUAUUUGUAACAAUGGAACCUGAAGAUUUCAUUUAGGUCAGGCUAUAAUGGGUUCCACUCUAUUUGCUAAGAUUUCAUAAUAAUAAUAAUCUCAUCAAACUUUUUAUUCUA